AUGGACAUGAUGCUGCUGGUGCAGGGCGCUUGCUGCUCCAACCAGUGGCUGGCGGCGGUGCUCCUCAGCCUCUGCUGCCUGCUGCCCUCCUGCCUGCCCGGUGGGCAGAGCGCCGACUUCCCUGGGUCGGCCGUGGACAACCUGGUCGUCAGGAAGGGGGACACAGCGGUGCUUAGGUGUUACUUGGAAGAUGGAGCUUCAAAAGGUGCCUGGCUGAAUCGGUCGAGCAUUAUUUUUGCUGGAAGUGACAAGUGGUCUGUAGAUCCUCGAGUUUCAAUUGCAACAGCAAACAGAAGAGAGUACAGCCUGCAGAUACAGGAUGUAGAUGUGACAGAUGAUGGUCCAUACACUUGUUCUGUGCAAACUCAACACACUCCUAGAACGAUGCAGGUCCACUUAACUGUUCAAGUUUCUCCGAAGAUAUUUCGCAUUUCAAAUGACCUCGUUGUGAACGAAGGAAGCAACAUUACUCUUGCGUGCUUGGCCACAGGGAAACCAGAGCCUUCCAUUUCUUGGAGACAUAUCUCUCCGUCCGCAAAACCAUUUGAAAGCGGACAAUAUCUGGACAUCUAUGGAAUUACCAGAGACCAGGCUGGGGAAUAUGAGUGCAGUGCAGAAAACGAUGUCUCCGUCCCAGAUGUGAAAAAAGUAAAAGUCACAGUAAACUUUGCCCCCACAAUUCAGGAACUUAAGUCCAGUGGUGUGAUGCUUGGAGGGAAUGGCCUGAUAAGAUGUGAAGGCGCAGGAGUUCCUGCUCCGGCCUUUGAGUGGUACAGAGGAGAAAGGAAACUGAUCAAUGGUCAACAAGGAAUUACUAUUAAAAAUUAUAGCACGAGAUCACUUCUCACUGUUACCAAUGUGACAGAGGAGCACUUUGGCAACUAUACGUGUGUCGCUGCCAACAAGCUAGGGACAACCAAUGCCAGCCUGCCUCUCAACCCUCCAAGUACUGCCCAGUACGGGAUUACUGGCGAUGCGGAAGUGGUGUUCUCCUGCUGGUCCCUUGUGUUGACACUGUCCUCUUUCACCAGCAUAUUCUACCUGAAGAACAUCAUUCUACAAUAAAUGUAAAGAACCAUAAAAGGCUUUUAAGGAUUCUCUGAAAGUGCUGAUGACUGGAUCCAAUCUGGUAGAGUUUGUUAAAAGCAGCGUGGGAUAUAAUCAGCAGUGCUUACAUGGGGAUGAUCGCCUUCUGUAGAAUUGCUCAUUAUGUAAAUACUUUAAUUCUACUCCUUUUUUUGAUUAGCUGCAUUACCUUGUGAAGCAGUACACAUUGUCCUUUUUUAAGACGUGAAAGCUCUGAAAUUACUUUUAGAGGAUAUUAAUUGUGAUUUCAUGUUUGUAAUCUACAAGUUUUCAAAAGCAUUCAGUCAUGGUCUGCUGAGCUGCAGACUGUAGUUUACAAAAAAAAAUAUUGCAGUAAAAAUGAGCUUCUUUAAGGCUGCAAUACAAAUAUUCAGUUCCCUUCUUAAAUAACAU